CUGUCUCAUUAAUUUCAAAACACUUUGAGCUCAAACUUUUCUCUCUUCUCUUCUCUUCUCUCAGCAACAAGAGAACCAACCACAAAGCUUGACUCUUGGUAAGUUCUUCCAUCUCUCUCAUGACAUUUUCUCAGGAAGACAUGAACUUGAUAUCCCCUUCAUCAUCACCACAAGAUUUACCUCUCAAACCAAACACAAGCUUCGACCUAGCCAGCAAAAUCAGCCCAAACAUCCUCCUUAUAUUCAUAAUCCUCUCCAUCAUCUUCUUCAUCUCAGGUCUCAUCCAUAUCCUCGUCAAGUUCCUCCUCAUGCCAUCAACCCAAAACAGAGAAGAUUACUUUGAUCACAACAACUUCACAGCUCUUCAAGGCCAGCUUCAGCAACUUUUCCACCUCCACGAUCACGGCGUCGACCAGUCCUUAAUCGACACGUUACCUGUCUUUCAUUACAAAUCCAUCACCGGUCUCAAGAUUUCACCUUUCGAUUGUCCCGUUUGUCUCUGCGAGUUCGAAACAGAGGACAAACUCAGGCUCUUGCCGAAAUGCAGCCAUGCAUUUCACGUUGACUGUAUAGACACGUGGCUUCUCUCUCACUCUACUUGUCCACUUUGCAGAUCCAAUCUCCUUCUCUCUGAUUUCUCACCUCAUCAUAGUCCACCAUAUCUCCUUGUUCUCGAGUCCGCGAGUGGUCGAAGCUCGAGAGACGUGGUUUCUGCUCCUGAGGCUAAUGAUUUUGGGUCGACCCAUUUCGGGUCGGGUCGUACAUCAUGCGACCCGGAUGGUGAAAUGGAUGGUGUUGUUCCUUUAGAAGUUAAGCUAGGGAAGUUUAGGAACAUGGAUCAUGUUGGUGAAGGAAGUAACAACAAGAAUAGUAAUAGCAAUGUAGAUGUAAGGAGGUGUUUUUCAAUGGGAUCAUAUGAGUAUAUAAUGGACCAAGAAGCUACACUUAAAGUCCACGUUACGACCAAGAAACAAUCCGACAAAGACAUUCGCUUGUCUGGCCAUAUGGGAGUUAUGUCGGAAUGUGGUUUUGAUCCUAGUGCUAAGGGAAAUAGGAAGAGUGUUGUGGAAAGAGAGAGCUUUUCUUUGUCGAAAAUUUGGCUAAGGGGUAAAAAGGAGAAGCAAAAGGGUAAUAAUGUUAGAGAUCAGGAAUGUUCUUCGCUGUCUUUCUCUUCAAUCCGAUUUCCAAACCAAAGGGAUCCUCCGGAGAUAAACAAUGCGACCGAUAUUGAUGAAGAGAAUCGAAAGAGCGAAAACUCGGAGUCUUUGGAGACGAAAACGCUAUCUUUUGCUAGGAGGACCAUGCUUUGGCUUGCAGGGAGACAAAACAAGGUUGUUCAUCCUUCAACAUCCCAUGUCUAGUUUUGACUUUUCUCUUGUUAAAUUAUUAAUCUCUGUCUAUAAUUCUGUCAUUCUGUGUUUCAGUAGAGAGAAAUUAGAUGAACAGUGGGAGAUUAAUUAAUAUAUGUAGGAAUCUUUAGGCACAUUGAGAAGGUGGUCGGUCUGUAUUGCAGACAUUUCACUCAUUGUUCUAAUUCUUAUUAAUAUUUGUUUCUAAUAACAUGGGAGACAAGAAUGUGAAAGAAGCUGCUUUGAUUAUUAAAGUAGAUUCAUGCUGUUGAUUAAUUGUGU